GUAUCGGUGAAGCCGUCACCGGGUCUGGUAGAAUUGUUCGCGCGUGUCGUUGUCGUCAUUUUUGCGUUAAGAACCGGAACCUGUUGUGCUCAUCAGGUGCGCAGAAGCAGAAGCAGAAGCAGAAGAAUGAAGAGUUUGAGCGUCGAAUUGCUCGUCGUCGUGUCGUUUUUCGUCGUGGUGGGUGCAUUUGCUGAUCGACACUCGGGGGGCAAUCGAUGGGGGAACGAUCAGCAUAAGCGGAAUACGGACACGAACUGCGUCAAAUCGGUCACAACGGCGAGCGGCAACCUGGUCGAGCGGGGCCGUACCUUUUGCAGCGGUGAACUGAUCUUUGAGGAUAACUUUGAUUUCCUCGACUUUGAGAAAUGGUCCCACGAGAACACGCUGGCUGGUGGUGGUAACUGGGAGUUCCAGUGGUACACCAACAACCGAUCGAACUCGUUCGCCGAGGAUGGUGUGCUAAACAUUCGGCCGACCCUAACGGCCGAUCAGUUCGGGCUCGACUUUAUGACAUCUGGUACGCUAAGUCUGCAGGGCAACUUCCCGACCGAUCACUGCACCAAUGACGCGUUCUACGGUUGCGUUCGGGUUGGCAAUCAGCAGCACAUCGUGAACCCGGUCAAGAGUGCCCGCAUCCGGACGAUCGAAUCAUUCAACUUCAAGUACGGCCGAGCGGAGGUUCGUGCCAAGCUACCGGCCGGUGAUUGGUUGUGGCCAGCCAUUUGGUUGCUGCCAAAGCGCAACGCUUACGGUAGUUGGCCAGCUUCGGGCGAGAUGGAUCUGAUGGAAUCGCGGGGCAAUGAGAAGCUAACGCUCGAUGGUACGCAGAUCGGAACGCGUCAGGUCGGCCAGACGCUACACUUUGGACCAAGUCCAUCGUAUAACGGUUACCAGAAGGCGACACUCACGAAGAAUGCGCUGCCGGGCCAGGAGUACAACAAAGACUUUAACACGUACGGAUUUGUCUGGACACCGGAUAAUAUCACGGUCAGCGUGAAUGGGGAGGAUCUGGCGACGAUCGGUGGUGACUUUUGGAAGCUCGGUGAAUUCGAUCGUCACGGACCGAUGGAAAAUCCGUGGCGCCACGGUACACGCAUGGCACCGUUCGAUCAGGAGUUUCACUUCAUCAUUAACCUGGCGGUCGGUGGGGUUGCUUUCUUCCCCGAUGCGGCCACCAACGAGGGUGGCAAACCGUGGACGAAUAACUCGCCGCAGGCGGCCACCGAUUUCUGGAACGGUCGCAACCAGUGGCUGCCGACGUGGAAUCUCGACAAGGAUGGUGGGAAAUCGGCAUCGCUGCUGGUAGAUUACGUUAAGGUGUGGGCCCUUUGAAACCGAGGGCAAUCAUGUUGGCAUGUGUCCCGCUUGGUGGAUAUUUGAUAUUUGAAGGAAUGUUGCUAGGAAUAAAUCAUCUGCUCUCUGACGAGGCGUUAACAGUA